AUGAAUGGGUUACGUGAUCGCUAUAUGAAGCAAGCUCCAAAUGAAGUUCCUGCAGAGAUUGCAAACAACCCAAAUUAUUUUCCUUACUUCAAGGAUUAUAUUGGUAUGAUAGAUGGCACACACGUUGACGCAGUAUUACCCAGUAACCUAGUUGCCCGUUUUAGAGGGAGAAAAGGUGUGACACAAAACGUCCUAGCAGCAUGCACCCCUAAUAAACUAUUCACCUAUGUCCUAGCUGGGUGGGAGGGAGCAGCAAAUGACUAUAGGAUAUUACAAGACGCUUUGUCGAGACCACAGCCUUACGGGCUUCGAGUUUAUGAUGGUAAAUAUUACCUAUGUGACGCUAGAUACACCACAAUGUCAGGCUUCAUAUCCCCAUAUCGCGGUGUACGAUAUCAUUUAAAAGAGCACACUGGUAGGACACCAAAGAAUAGAAAAGAGUUGUUCAAUUUAAGGUAUUCCAGUUUAAGAUCAAAAAUUGAAUGCACAUUUGGUAUAUUGAAGAACCAGUUUAAAAUACUAUCAGUGAAGCCAAAUUAUCCAUUUCCCACUCAAGUGGACAUUGUACUAGCGUGUACCGUGUUACACAAUUUUAUUGCUAUAGAAGAUCCAGAUAAUGAUAUUUUAAAUGAAAAUGUAGAAAUUGAUGAAGAUAAUGGGGAAGUGACAAAUGAAGAUGACUCAAGUGUGGUGGAUUAUACUCAAACUAGGACACAGAGAGAGGAUCAAGAUGAAAGAAAUGAAUGGAAUGAGCUACGAGAUCAAAUUGCUUGGGUGAUGUUGGUGGAUUAUUGUGCAAAGUAUAAUGGUGGUAACACAAUAGAAAGUGGAUUAGCUUAA